CUCUCUGUCCCUCUCUCUCUCUCUCUCUCUCUCUCUCUCUCUCUCUCUCUCUCUAACCAAUUCUCUCAGCCAAAAACAUUCCUUUGAGACAAAAGACAAUCCAUUCUCACCCAUUUUUUUCAUUUUGUGGAAUCUAAGGAAAAUCUUCCCCUUCUUCUUGCUUGCCUGAAAUUUAAUCCUGGCGAUGGGCAUUAGACCCUCUUCAUCAUCCCUAUGAGGCUCUUCUUCAUCCUCCCUUUUCUCUUGUUCUGAUUAGAUGAAGAGAUUUUGCAGGAAGAUGGGGAAUGGCUUUCAUCCCUUUUCACCAUCCACAUUGUUGUAAGGUGCUUUUCUUCCCAUUUGAUUUUCCAUUUGAGGUCUUGGUAGCAACAACAUUGAGGUGCAAUGACAACAAAGAUCAAAGGGCUCUACAAGGGCAUCAAGUACAUCUCCCACAUAUUUGUUGUGAAGGAGAGGGAGAUGGAAAUCGGGUACCCCACAGAUGUUAAGCAUGUAGCUCAUAUUGGUUGGGAUGGUCCAUCAAGCAGUGGUCCCGCUUGGAUGAAUGAGUUCAAGGCAGCACCCGAAUUUUCAAGCUCUCUAGGUACUAUCAGUGAGCCCAGAGAUUCUAAACCACCUUCUGUUUGUUCCUCAUGGGCUUCUGAAGAGUUAGGACAGUCCAUUGGACACCAAACCUCAGACACGCUAAGAGACCUUCCGCCUACAGACCUUCCCAAGGCUCCAAAGAAACACAGACGCAGAAAGGCCAAAUCCACGUCGUCUCCCAAGUCCACAUCCACAUCAAGAUCUUCCCGAGCUGGAAAGUCAAAGCUCAAACUAUCCGAGGCCGAGAAACCUUCGAACUUGCAGCAAGUCUAACUUUAGUUUCGAGUAUUUGCCAUGUGCUUGAUUGAGAAUGAAUGGGCAGAGAAAAAGGCUCUUUACAACUUUUAGCUCUCCUUAUUACAUAGAUGUCCAUAGUCUGAACAAAACUGGUGUAGAUUCUAAAUUUGAAUAGGGUAUUCUACGCAAGGAUGGUCCGGAAGAGAUAGUGAUCAACGUCCUAUUCGGGAUCGGUGAAUUUGGAAAGGAAGUUUAUUAUUUUUCUUUUCUUUUCUUUUCUUUUCUUUUCUUUAUUUUUCCAUUUUUUGGUGGGUUUACACUGUAGAGGGUGAUGGACUAAUUGUUGAACUUAAAAUUCGUCUUUUGCCAAUGGAUGCUCCAAUAUGUGAUUAUGAGA